AUGAAUCGUGUAUCUCAAAUUGUCGUGAGUGUGUUAGAGUUAAGUCACCAGGAGAUUGAAAUAUCGGCAGCUCUUGGCUAUGUGGCCCACUUUCUGGACUGUGUCGCCAAGCUCUUAGACUACCAGUUCCGAUAUCCGCUUCAACCAGGCGCUUCAUUAUCUAGUAUCUACUUCCCUAAAGAGAACAAAAGCUUACCUUUAUAUGGCUCCAAGUGGCGAGCAGGCCGAGAAAGAUUCGAUCAAGCUGUGACACUAUUGGGAAAAAAUAUAUCUCAGUUAAUGGAAGAUAGUGGAUUUUCUUCUACUCGCUCCGAGCGUGUGCUUUUAUCAAUCCAUGAAUGUGGAACGUUGGCUGUACAUCGUCAUCGACCAACAUCGAAUCUUAGUAGUCCAGCCGCAUUGGUCACUUGUCAAGAAAAGCCAGUGAAUGAAGAGAUACUGCGAAGCAUCGGGCAACUUGAGAUGCAGCUUGACGGUCAUUGCAAAAUCGAUACAUUUUCAUUUUUGUGA